AUGCCUGAAGAAGACGAGAAAAAAUUGAAGCCAGCAAAUGUUGAGGCAAAAACUUCCAAUAAAUUUCUAAAUGUAAAACCCAAAACUCCAUAUGGGACAAAUCAAUUGUUAUAUAUAUCCUUAUCUGAAAAUCUUAAAGAUAAAUACAACACUAGAGAUAAAUAUAUAACAAAAGAAGAGGUAGCAAAGCACAAUAAAGAAGACGACGCAUGGAUAAUAUAUAAAAACAAGGUGUAUGAUAUAACUCUAUAUCUGAAAUAUCAUCCUGGAGGAAAAAAAAUUUUAUUAAAUCAAUCAGGAAAGGAUAUUACUGAAUUUGUUCUAAAAUUUCAUCCAUGGGUUAAUGUUGAGGAAAUUUUAAAACAUACACUUAUUGGAUAUAUAGAAUGUUAA